GGGGAAACACUUCCGCCCACAAUGUAGACAAACUUCUGAUUGGUCCUACCUCAUCCCGGCAUGCCUCAUUCCCACGGACCAUUUCCGCCCUGUGAAGCCUGUCUCCGGGACCUUGCCAUCCUGUGGUGGUGACGUAAUUCUGCGCCAACGCGCAGAUGGAGCAGUCAUUCCAGGUCGGCCAUGAAAGCGGGCGGAGCGGUGAUCUUCAGGCUGCUGCUGCACCGGGGAGCUGGGCGGCACCGCGUGUAACAGGUCAACAACUCCGGUUCUGAGAAGGCUCUCACGGACUCUAAUCUUCAUGAUAUUCCUGUUUGAGCACAGUUUACUGCAAAAAUAACAAUGGAUCGGGGAAGAGGUCAAAGGGAAGGUGCAGGCUUAAGCAGAAAUAUUUACCCUCAACAAUAUAGCUACCCCUCAUCACAGAAUUUAGAGAUACAGGAGCUAGCAUCCAAGAGAGUGGACAUUCAGAAAAAAAGAUUUUACUUGGAUGUCAAACAGAGUGCUCGAGGACGUUUUUUGAAAAUCGCAGAAGUCUGGAUUGGCAGAGGGCGACAGGAUAAUAUCAGAAAGAGCAAGUUAACUUUAUCUUUGUCUGUUGCUGCUGAAUUAAAGGAUUGUUUAGGCGAUUUCAUUGAACAUUAUGCCCAUCUAGGUCUUCGAAGCAGUCAUUCUCAGAGAAGUGAACAUGGAAGUGACAAAGAGCAUGAUUCCAGGAGGAGACCACAUCCAGCCUCACCAUCCGGUUCUGCGGGAUCUGAAGAGCCUGCCACACACAGUGUACUGAAAACAGAAUACAUUGAGCGAGACAAUAGGAAAUAUUACCUAGACCUUAAGGAAAAUCAGCGAGGACGUUUUUUAAGAAUUAGACAAACUAUGACCAGAGGGCCUGGAAUGAUUGGCUAUUUUGGCCAGAGUUUGGGUCAGGAGCAGACUAUAGUUCUGCCAGCGCAAGGUAUGAUUGAAUUUAGAGAUGCAUUGGUUCAACUUAUUGAAGAUUAUGGUGAAGGUGAUAUAGAAGAACGAAGAGGUGGUGGGGAUGAACCUCCUGAGCUUCCAGAAGGAACAUCUUUCAGGGUGGACAACAAGCGGUUCUACUUUGAUGUGGGUUCGAACCGUUAUGGCAUAUUUUUGAGGGUAAGCGAAGUUAGACCACCAUACCGCAAUACUAUAACAGUCCCUUACAAAGUGUGGACAAGGUUUGGGGACAAUUUUAUUAAAUAUGAAGAAGAAAUGAGAAAAAUUUACAACAGCCAUAAAGAAAAAAGAAUGGAUGUCCGUGUGGACAGUAGUGAAGAGCAAGAGUGUCCAGAAUAGAACAAAUGCCAGUUGAACACCUACAAAAUUAUUGAAGUCUUUUUAUUGAAGACCAAUUCUGUAGUCUUUUAGAAGAUUUUUCCUAUUUUUAAUUUUUGUUCAUUCCUUUAUUUUUUAGCAGAGAAUCAUUGGACAAAAUGAAUAGUCUGGUAUUCCACAUUUAAUCUACAACACAGAUACUCUAUGAGCGUACCAGCCUCUCUUACAGCUGCUUCACUAAUAUCAAGACUUUAGAAGUAUGUUUUUGAUCAGCACAAAGUUCAACAUUUUAAAUACCUUAGGUAAGGCUUGAAUUGCACUAUCAAAGCUAAUCACAUAUAUCUAUAUUUCUACUUGUAUAGAUGUAUAGAUAUAUUAUACAGUGUUAUACAGAGAAGACAUAUUAUAUAAACUUUUUUUUUUUUUUUUUCAUUUGAUAAGAAAAGCUCUGACAAGCUUAUUUACAGGGCAUUUAUUACUGUGAAUGUAUAUGAAAUGCAUUUACAUGUUUGCAGACUCUGUUCGAGUUUAGAAUGUCUGCUGGAUACAGGAUCCAUCAGUAAUGAAGAAGAAGAAGAAUAGCUGACAGUGUGUGUGUGUUAACUGUUUACACUGUUUACAGCCAAGGAAUUUAUAUUUCUCACUAUUAAAAACAUCAAAAAUUAUAGUCUCAACAAAAUAGCUGCACCGUAAACAAAAUUGAGAUUAAUAAAGAUGUCCAUACAGCAGUUGUGUUGUGCAGAGGUAAGAGUGUGCAAUUAUGCCUUUUAACAAUACUUCUCCCAUCAUGGCUGUUUUUUUAUAUAUAAAUCUAUAGACUAUGAAGCACCUCUGUAUAGGCCUGUUGUAUAAUGGUAGCUUGUUUAUACUAUAUGUUAAUUUAUCUUUUGGGGGAUUUUUCCCUCCUAUGUGUGGGUGUGUUAGGUUAUAAUGAAAUGGCUAUUAGUGAAUGUGCAACUAUACUUAUGGUUAGUUGUUGCUUGAUUGCAGUGUUUAUACAGCAUCUCCUGGCAUAGAAAGUGUGGAUGUUUAAAGGAAAAGAAGACAAAAACCUUUGUUCCACCUUAAUAGUGGCAUAGGGUUCUCAUUCCUAAAAAAGGGGACUAUUGAACCAUACCAAAUCUGCCCUUACUUGCGUAUUAUUUUGCACAAGGGUUGCUGAAUUUAUAUGUUCGGUGUACAAGCACUGAAAAGUUUUAUUUUUAUUUAAAGAAAAAAAUACAUAUAUAUCUAUAACUAUAUAUACACCAUUAGUGUUUUAGUUAAUUGAAACUUGUAUAUAUAUCAUAGUUAUGCAUGUUAAGCAUACCUAUAGAGUUACCUUUUUUAGUAAAGAUUCUAAGUGGAGUGUACAGUAAGUAUCACUAAACACUGUUGCUGCUAAUCACAGUGCCUGUAGUAACUGAGAACAUGUACACAGCUAACUGGGUGUAUGAAUGUAACAGCAGACCAUUUGGGCCAUACAUAUCCCACAUUUGGGUAACAAUGAUUCCUCUAUCCGUCACAUAAUGACAUUUUCCAUGAUUGUUCUUGUACAAUAGAUUUCCAGUUGAAGUAUAAAAUUUGGAUUUUUUUUUUUUCUGCACAUAAUCACUUUAUCAUGGUAUCCGUCUCAAUAUGAGUGUUCCUUAUAUAUUUGCUAAUUUUUUUUUUUUUUUAUAUUAUAAUGAAAAAAACUUGUGUGUACAUUAAUACAUUUCUUUUUCUUCUAAACCAUAUAUAGAAUAAUAUACAAUAAUCAGAGUUGUUUCAAUAGGGCUAAUUUAGCAACAUUGCAUUUAGGUGUGAGAUCGGCACUGAAUUAGAACUGCUCAGCAAAUGGCUUUUAUCUGUCUAGUGCAAGUUGGUCAGUGUAAGGAAAUAUCGAAUAGUUGCUGUAGUAAGUGCAAAUGUUACACCUUAGUGAAAUGUUAACUCAAAUGAAAGGCCAUAUACAUAGGCGUGCGCAGCACAUUUUAUUAGGGGGUGCACCGUUGGAGGGGCGUGUCUAGCACCAUCUAUUGAUGGUCAACGCAAUAUAAAAUAUCCACCCUUGUACCAAUCCUAAUAAAGCAGAUACAUUGUCAGAUGUUGUGGUGUGCACCAAACAAACACCCCUGAUGGCACUCACUGCAAUUACACUGCUCCUCCUCGGCCUGGUCUGGCUCCCCCUCUCUUUCCCCUGCAAGCUGCAGCAGCUUACUUACAAGUCAGUCACUCACUGACACCGACGGUCGCAGACUAGUACUGCUGCUGCUGUAAAAACGAGUGACGUGUCAAUGCUGCUGCCGACCGCCUGCCAGUAUUGAAUUUGUCUUCCUAGGAGGAAUGCUGGCUGCAUGCUGAUCCUCAUCAGUGGCUGGCGUUGGCAUAGCAUAGGAGAGAGGUGCGUGUGUGGCGAGUGUGAUGGGUGGGCCUGCGAGCAGCAUGACUUAAUCGCAUCACAUCACGCUGUUUUUGUACAUGGAGGUGGAGCCGGGAGUUUGAAAGCCGGUGGCAAUGGCACCCUUGAUUAACCCAGGCGUCUGGUCAUUAAUGCAGUCCCGACAGGGUGCAGCGCAGAGGGGACAAUAAUCAGCCUGCUUGGCGAUCGCUGCAUCAGGCAUGUGAGAUCGGGGUGCCAGACAUUAGGGGGUGCCUGUGCGCACCAGGCACCCCCCCUGCGCACACCUAUGGCCAUAUAGCGUAUAUACUAACACAUUAAGAAGGCAAUAUUGUAUGUGUGUGUUCUACCACCAUGGUUUAGGGUUAGUGUAUAUAGGCCCUCAUUCUGAGUUGUUCGCUCGGUAUUUUUCAUCGCAUCGCAGUGAAAAUCCGCUUAGUACGCAUGCGCAAUGUUCGCACUGCGACUGCGCCAAGUAACUUUACUAUGACGAAAGUAAUUUUACUCACGGCUUUUUCUUCGCUCCGGCGAUCGUAAUGUGAUUGACAGGAAAUGGGUGUUACUGGGCGGAAACACGGCGUUUCAGGGGCGUGUGGCUGAAAACGCUACCGUUUCCGGAAAAAACGCAGGAGUGGCCGGGGAAACGGUGGGAGUGCCUGGGCGAACGCUGGGUGUGUUUGUGACGUCAACCAGGAACGACAAGCACUGAAAUGAUCGCACAGGCAGAGUAAGUCUGGAGCUACUCAGAAACUGCUAAGUAGUUAGUAAUCGCAAUAUUGCGAAUACAUCGGUCGCAAUUUUAAGAAGCUAAGAUUCACUCCCAGUAGGCGGCGGCUUAGCGUGUGUAACUCUGCUAAAUUCGCCUUGCGACCGAUCAACUCGGAAUGAGGGCCUUAGGCUCCAGGUUUUUUAGGUCUUUAGGGAUUUGAAGAACUGUAAUCCCUGUUUGUAAGACUUCUGUUGAACUAUAAUGAUGUUCUUUAGCCUGUAUAUUGUAAAAAAAAAAAAAUGUUUGUACCUGCUGAAUGCAUAGUAGCAAUGCAAAUUAAGUUUUACAUGCAAAAACCAUUUUACAUCUGUGGCAGGACACAGGAGAACAUCGCACUUCUAAGUCAAGUACUUUAUAAGCGUCAUUUUAUGAUAGAGUAGCUUCUUAUCUGUUCUAGGUCUACAGAGUUGUCAGCAUUUUACAUUGACACUCUAUGUAGCAAGUCAUGAAGCUAAUACUCUGGAAAAUGUAAGGGCACCCAUCAGGCCUUCAUGUUCUAUGUAGUAGGACUGCAGUUUGUUUGGCUUACUAUGUGUUAUCAGGCUUUAAUUCAUUUUUUCCACAUUUAAUCUUCAACACAGAUGCUCUAUGAGCAUACCAGCCUCAGUUUAGGGAACAUAACCCCAAAUUGUAAUGGAUAUAUUUGGCCCGUUUAAAGAACCAAUAAUAUGGUAAAGAACAAUUCUGCAAUAACUGACAUACUCAUUACUCGGGCGCAUUGUGAUGCACUUUUAUUCACCACUUGGAUUUCAGCUUUAUUAUAUAUCACUUAAACCAUUAAACAGUCUUAACCAGCCCCCCCCUCCCCCCGCCUCCUUAUGAAGUUCCUUGUCAUUUUUAUUCUUCUGAUUGCACUACUUGUUCUAUUGCGUUUCAUGAUCUAGAAGACAUAUGUAGCCUCCAGUUUAAAUGGUUAUAUAGAUAAAUAAUGGUCAU